CUUUAGAUAAUAGCCUAGUUAGUUCGGGUUCAAAGGAUCAAAACAACUUGAAUUCUUGUUCAUUUUCUUACUAAUGUUCAACAACAACCUUAUGCAGAGGCUUGUAUGGUUUCACUAGAUACAGACACGUUUACAUUUGAAGAACCUAAGUCUUAGAGCUUGACUCUUUUUAGAGUCACCCUGUGGUAUCCCAUCAAAACAAUUAUACAAACGUUGUUAAACGGGAUCUGGAUAGACUCUCUUUACAAGUAACUAAAGAGACAACAUAGGCACUCAGACGAAGCCACGGGUAAAUAUGGCUCAGCAUAUUUAAGCCAAAGGCAGUUGUGUAGGUGGCUUCGCUUGCUAUAUACUGCCUGGAUAGAGAGUGAGCUCUGCAAGAAACACAGCGGUGAAGAACUUCAAAAACAUUUGUUUCAACCGAUUUAAACAAGACGGUACCGGGAGUUAAGCAUCGAUUAGUGCUGGAUUCAAUGUGGGGACUCCCUUGUAAGGAUUUAGUCCAUUACAGAUACCAAAUAUCACCAUGGUAAACAACGCUUCAAAAAACAUGUCGAGGCAUGAAGAUUCUCCAAAUCCACGCAUCCAUUUUUUUCUUCUUUUUGCAAUCUUGCUUACAAUAAUUACCAUUGCGAACAACUCGCUUGUAGUCCUGGCCUACAAAGUCAAUAAACGCCUUCGAAAUAGAGCGAUUCUUAUCCUCGUCAGUCUUGCGCUAUCGGAUUUUCUUGUUGGUGCUAUUUCCAUGCCUCUUUGGAUCUACAUGACCACGUCACAUGACCGAAUGCCUCUUGGAUUGUAUUUAUUUUACAUGAGUUUUGACAUCUUUAGUGCCUUUGCGUCCAUAUUGCAUCUCACGUGGGUCAGUAUGGAACGCUUUCUGGCCAUCGCGUACCCCCUGCGUCAUCGUAAGUUUGGCGACAAGGGGUAUCUAGGAAUGUUAUUGAGCCUGUGGCUUGUGUCUGGACUAGUUGCUGGCCUCUUCCCUGUUCAGUACCACUACAAUUGGAACAAAGGGUUUGCUCUUAUGGUCUUCAUCAAUGGAUUCAUCCUCCCUCUUAUCACCCUUACAAUUGUCUAUACUUCAAUUUACAGAAUCGUAAACUCGAGUGUGUUCCAAGGGAUCCAUAACAGAGGAACUCGAAGGUUUCAAGCGGAGAAAAAACUCGCUAAAACAAUCAUAACACUAUGCUUAUUAUUUUUUAUUACUUGGUGUCCAUUUUUUAUUGUAUCACUUCUCGGUACAUUCCGGCCUGAGCUACUAUCUGCACCGUCGCCGAUUUUCAUUUGGUACAUUACGGUGUUCGUCAAAGGAAUGCAUUAUUCGAACAGCUCCCUUAACACAUUUGUUUACGCAUUCAGCAGCAACGAAAUGAGAAAAACUUUCGUCUCACUUCUUAGAUGUAAGAGAAAUAUUGUGUUCCCAACUCCAACCAAAAAUAGACAUAGAAUUAAAAGAAGGGCUAAAGUAUUCCACCUUCAAAACUCCGUUGAUUCGGUUUAAAGACAACUUUUCUAAUCUAUAGAGGAGGGAACCAAAAUUGGUGCGCUAAGGGAGUCGAAAUCGAAGAGUCCGCUUUUUAGUUAAAACAUCCUAAAAGCACGGAAGAUAACCAACAAGCAAUCCUAAGACUCACAUGCGGCACCGGCCGAGAUCAGAAAUCGAUCUACCGGCUCGCGUCGGUGAGAUGCGAACGCUCUAGCCGCUACACAACACCCAUGGUUUCUCUACUUAGUCUCGUAAUAAUUAAUUUCUUGACUUACAAAUUUCAUACGAAAAGAAGUUGUUUUUAUCAAAGAUGACCAUCAGGUUCAUCAGAAACGACCGGAAGCAGGAUCAUGUGACUUACCAAAUUUAAAUCCGACAUUAACUGAAAUUGGAAUGCUGGUUAUCUAUGCAAGCAACAGGAAGGCAAUUUUAAUUCAAAAUGUAAGUGUUACAUUUAUACCUUAAAAAUUUAACAUUUGGUAAUCAUUAACAUAGAAAGUAUAAUAUAUAUACUAUUAUAUAAUAUUUGAAAUAUAAAUUGGGCACUAAUUGGCUGAGUAACAAAUUUAUAUCUGAGAACAGCCGAGACAAACUCGCGCAAAGUUGUUCAAAAAUAUUUUAUGAAAGCAAUAUAAAACGGUUGCUUUAUGUCAUAAAUCUCAAGUAGUAGUGUCCUCAUCCCUUAUGUCAACCAACUCUAGCAUCAGUCAUCCUACCUUCAAGUCACCCAAUCUAGCAGAAGUUAUAUAGAAAUUAUAUAAUAUAAUUUAUAAUAUAAGUUAUAUAGAAAUUAUAUUAUAUAAUUUAUAAUAUAAGUUAUAUAGAAAUUAUAUAAUAUUUGAAAUAUAAAUUGGGCACUAAUUGGCUGAGUAACAAAUUUAUAUCUGAGAACAGCCGAGACAAACUCGCGCAAAGUUGUUCAAAAAUAUUUUAUGAAAGCAAUAUAAAACGGUUGCUUUAUGUCAUAAAUCUCAAGUAGUAGUGUCCUCAUCCCUUAUGCCAACCAACUCUAGCAUCAGUCAUCCUAGCUUCAAGUCACCCAAUCUAGCAGAAGGAUCAUCCUACCUUGAUCUCAACAAAACCUAGUUGUAGGGUUACCCUACCUUGAUGUCAACCCACCCUAGCAGUAGGGCCAUCCUACCUUCAUGUCACCCAACCCUAAGAGUAGGGUCACUCUACUUUGAUGUCACCCAACCCUAGGAGUAGAGUAACCCUACUUUGAUGUCAACCAACCCUAGCAGUAGUGUCACCCUACAUUCAUGUCACCCAACCCUAGGAGUAGGGUCACUCUACCUUGAUGUCACCCAACCCUAGGAGUAGAGUCACCCUACCUUGAUGUCAAACAACCCUAGCAGUAGGGUCACCCUACAUUCACGUCACCCAACCCUAGGAGUAGAGUCAUCCUACCUUGAUGUCACCCAACCCUAGGAGUAGGGUCACCCUACCUUGAUGUCAUGCAUCUCUAGUAGUAGAUAGGGUCACCCUACCUUCAUGUCAUGCAUCUGUAGUAGUAGGGUCACCCUACCUUCAUGUCAUGCAUCUCUAGUAGUAGAUAGGGUCACCCUACCUUCAUGUCAUGCAUCUCUAGUAGUAGGAUCACCCUACCUUCAUGUCAUGCAUCUCUAGUAGUAGGGUCACCCUACCUUCAUGUCAUGCAUC